AUGCGACCUAAAAUGAUCCUGGUCCUCCACCAACAACGUCUAGUGCCAGGCCAGCACCUAAGAAAAGGAAGAAGGCAUAGCUUCUCUCGGCCAUGUGACAGUAGCUCUGCCAAACAAAGAUGGAGUGAGAAUGAACAGGUGGUCCUGUUGAAGACCCAGCGAGCCGCUCCAGUCCUGUUGAAGACCCAGCUGGCCGCUCCAGUCCUGUUGAAGACCCCGCUGGACACUCCAGUCCUGUUGAAGACCCCGCUGGACGCUCCAGUCCUGUUGAAGACCCCGCAGGCCGCUCCAGUCCUGUUGAAGACCCCGCUGGACGCUCCAGUCCUGUUGAAGACCCCGCAGGCCGCUCCAGUCCUGUUGAAGACCAAGCUGGACGCUCCAGUCCUGUUGAAGACCCCGCAGGACGCUCCAGUCCUGUUAAAGACCCCAACCAAGAGGACCACUCCAGUCCUGUUGAAGACCAAGCGGGCCACUCCAGUCCUGUUGAAGACCAAGCGGGCCAAUCCAGUCCUGUUGAAGACCCAGCGGGCCAAUCCAGUCGUGUUGAAGACCCCGCGGGACGCUCUAGUCCUAUUGAAGACCCAGAGGACCACUCCAGUCCUGUUGAAGACACAGAGGACCACUCCAGUCCUGUUGAAGACCAYGCGGGCCAAUCCAGUCCUGUUGAAGACCAAGCGGGCCAAUCCAGUCCUGUUGAAGACCAAGCGGGCCAAUCCAGAGAAGUUGGACCUGGUCUACAUCACUGAGAGGAUCAUCUCAGUCUCCUUCUCCAGCUCUGUGGAUGAGAACAGCUACUCUGCAAACCUCCACGAGGUGGCUUCCAUGCUGCGCUCCAAACACCACGACAACUACCUGCUCUUCAACCUCAGCGAGAAACYCUCUGACAUCAACCAGCUCAACCCAAAGGUGUUGGACUUUGGCUGGCCGGACCACCACGCUCCUGCCCUGGAUAAGAUCUGCACUAUCUGUAAGGCCAUGGACACUUGGCUGAGUGCAGACAGUCACAAUGUAGUAGUGAUACACAACAAGGGGAACCGAGGGCGAACAGGAGUGGUGGUGGCAGCAUACAUGCAUUACAGCAACAUAUCAGCCAGUGCCGACCAGGCCCUGGACAGGUUUGCCAUGAAGAGGUUCUAUGAAGACAAAGUGCUUCCUGUGGGUCAGCCGUCUCAGAAGAGGUAUGUAACGUACUUUAGCGGUCUUCUUUCUGGGCCAUAUCAAGAUCAACAACAAACCCUGUUCCUUCACCAUGUCAUCAUGCACGGCAUCCACUUUGAGUCCAAAGGAGGUUGUCGCCCUUCUCUCAAGAUCUAUCAGUGCAUGCAGCCAGUCUACACUGGGAUCUAUAGCGUCCAGGGAGACAGCCAGACCAGUGUCUGCAUCACCAUUGAGCCAGGCCUGCUGCUGAAGGGCGACAUUCUGCUGAAGUGUUACCACAAGCGCUUCCGAAGCCCACAGCGGGAUGUGAUCUUCCGGGUGCAGUUCCAUACAUGCGCUGUGCACGACUUGGGAAUCGUCUUCGGGAAGGAUGAGCUCGAUGAGACCUUCAAGGAUGACAGAUUCCCAGAUUUUGGAAAGGUGGAGUUUGUCUUUUCCUUUGGCCCAGAAAAAAUCAAUGGGAUGGACCACUUGGAGAAUGGGCCCACUGUCUCAGUGGACUACAAUACCCAAGAUGCUCUAAUCCGCUGGGACUCCUAUGAGAACCUCAACCAGCAUUGUGAGGACACUAUGGAUGACGUCAUACACACCCAGGGCCCUCUGGACGGCAGCCCCUAUGCUAAAGUCCGCAAGAAGGAGUCCAUCGAGGACGCGGUCACUGCCAACGACCUCUUGCCCACCGCCACCGAACACGUCCUACCGACAGUUGACCACGCCCUGUCGGUGAGCAGCGACUCCGGCAACUCCACGGCCUCCAUCAAGACCGACCGCACUGAUGAGCCAGCCCCAGCAGCAGCAGCCCCGCCAGUGAGCCAGCCGCCAGCGGCCCAGGAAGAGGCCCCCGUCUCGGGCACGGUCCUGGCCGUCCAGCCCAUCAGUCCCCAGGAGAAGCAGGAGCUGGAGCAGCUGCUCAGUGGCCUGGAGGGCCCCAUGCAUUGCCAGGGCUACCUGUCCUCCCCGUCGGGCGGAGGGAUGGGGUUAGGACUAGGGGGAGGGGGAAUACUACACCUGGUGCCCGCCCAAGUUCAUGUGAAUGGCCACAACAGCAGCAUGGACAGAGAAACAGAUAUUCUGGAUGAUGAGGUGGAACUGCCCACCAGCCAGGAAGGUAACAGCAUGGAUAGCUUGGGCACUCUGUCUUCCCUGGAAGGGAGAGCCACGCCAGCAGACCUCUACUACCAGGCUGAGACGGUUAUCAACGGGCAGGACAAGGUCCCCUAUCUAGAGAGGAGCAUCCCAGACGGGCCCCCGGAAAACAUUGUCAUCAAUGUCGCAAUAGGCUCACAUGAUGUGGCUGCCCAGGUUCCCGUCACCUUAGUGCGUAGCCUCUGCUCAGCUCAGGAUGGGACAGGUGAGUCAGUUCCCCCCGCGAGCGAUUACAUUAUCAGCAAGAAUGGAAACGUGUAUCGCUCACAGUCAUUCGGUGCAGAGCAGAAUCCCCUCCCCCGAGCGCCAGCACGUAACACCAGCAGUCGUAACGCCGUCCAACGUGGGCUCAACGUGUGGCAGCAAUAUGGCGUCCCAGAAGAGCCGGUGAUGGACGGGGUGUAUUUUGGCUCUCCUCCACCCUCCAUGCCUCUACAGAGCCACCACAGCAUGCCCCACUUCCCCCACCAGCAGACUGCCUCACAGCAGGAGAUUGAGCAGUCCAUUGAGGCCCUCAACCUGCUGAUGCUGGACCUGGACCCCGGCCGCCCGUUGGGGCAGGUUCCGAAGUCCCAGAGUGCCCCGGGGGAGAACAAGGAAGUGGUGACCACACAACCAUCAUUUUCCCAGUCCCAGGCCAGGCCCUCCUACCAGGCUGACUCAGCUAUCUCGGGAAGCCCUGUGCCCAGCCUAGCUCAGGUCAUGCUGAGGUCCUCCCCUUUCCAGCCGUCUACGUCUCCAGAGCCCUCUACCAUCCAGAGACCAACAGCCAUCUACCAGCCUGGUCCCUCUGUAGCCCCCAUCCCUGGCUUCCCCACUGAACCUUCCAGCCAAGGGGCAGCCAGAACCAGGUCUCCCACCCAGGUCCCCAGUAGCGUGGGCCAGCUGCAGCUGAAACCCAUCAACAUGUACKCCCCCAGCACCGUGUUCCCGUCCCUGUCCCCGGAGCUCCAGGAGCCCCAACAGAGCCCUAGUGCCAAGUCCUCAUCACCCAAUCCCAGAGAUGCAGAGCCUGAUGAAGUGUUCAACGUGGAGGGCCUAGUUGCCCAGCGUGUGUCAGGUGUCCAGUCUUGUGGGACGUCAUUGGACGAGGCGUCGGCCCCGCCCCAUCGCCACACCACCAGUGAGGGACAAUGCAUCAACGGCCACGACGAAAGCUCUUCCUACCAACCCCCGGUCCGCUCCCCUAUUCGUUGCGUCUCACCGGAGUUCGUCAACACCAUAGCGCUGAAUCCCGGGGGGCGGCCCAAGGAGAGACACAUCCACAGCUACAGAGAGGCCUUUGAGGAGUUGGAUGGAGGCCAAAUCAGCCCCACGCCCACUGUUGGUGGUGAGGUGUUCCCCCAUACCCCUGCCUUCCCCGUCUCGCCGCAAACCCCUUACUUCAACCUGUGCCAAGCUCGUUCCCCUCCAGGUCUGAUGAAGACCCCUCUCUCUGCCUUGGGCCUCAAACCCCACAACCCAGCUGAGAUACACCUCAACCAGAGUGGAUCAGAGCCGUUGAGCUACGUGGAGUCAGUGGCCAGAUCCGCUGUGGCCGGCAGGGGACCAGCAGGACCCCCCGUGACCCUCACCCCCCCAGGAUGGACCUUGGCUAGGCAGACGACCCCUGACCCCUCCCCAACCCUCAACCCCCUAUUGUCUAGCUGCAGCUCCAUCCACAGAUCAGAGGGAGAACACCCGUUGGCUGACAGCAGUGCGAUCAUCCCCUCGCAAGCGGCCAUUGACUCCAGCUUACGCUCCUUUCCUUCCGAGGGCACGUAUCCCAUCCCCUCCCCCACCCCUACCCCCAUUGCCACUCCCACCCCAUACCUCCAGGCCCUGGGCUCCCCAUCUUCCUUCCUUCAAGCCCUGGGAACCCCCACCUCCUCCUACCUGAGCUCCAACUACCCCACCCUGUCUUACCUGUGUUCCCCCACCACCACACCCUCCUACCUGUGUCCCAGUGGCCUUAUGGGGAGCUAUGUCUCCCCGGAACCCAGCCCCCCCCCGCUCCAGCCAGAGGUAUCUGCCCAGGAAAGCCUUGUGGUCAUCCUCCCCUCGUCAGGAUCAGGAAGUCUCCACACACUGCAUCGUGACCUCAACACCUCAUCUAGCAUCCCCUCCCUCCAACAUCGGCAACAGCCCACCAAUCAGUGCAGCCCUGUCAUGGGCCACCAGCCCUCUCCGGCCAAUGGCUUUGUGGAGUUUGGGAUCCCUGGGAUGGUAAUGACAGGAAGUCCCAUGUUGGGCCGCCACCACUAUAACCCAUGUGUGUCCCAGGGGACACAGUCUAGCCCAGUGCUGAGCCAACAACCGUCCCUGAUGCAGGCCUCCCAGGACAGCCCCAUGCUCAGUUGCCAGCCCUCCCUCACCUACAGCCAACCCAUCCAGUCCAGUAUCCAGAGCAGUCCGGUACUGGACCAACAUCCCUCCCUCACCUACAGCCAACCCAUCCAGUCCAGUAUCCAGAGCAGUCCGGUACUGGGCCAACAUCCCUCCCUCACCUACAGCCAACCAUCCAGUCCAGUCCGUAUCCAGAGCAGUCCGGUACUGGGCCAACAUCCCUCCCUCACCUACAGCCAACCCAUCCAGUCCAGUAUCCAGAGCAGUCCGGUACUGGGCAGACACCCGUCCCUCGGCCAGAUGUCACAAUGCAGUCCAAGUCUGGACCGACACCCAAUGCUGCAUAGUAGCGGCUACACCACCCCGGACGAAAGGCAGGGCACCCUGUCUCGUCAGAGCAGCUCCUCUGGGUACAACCCACCCUCCACACCCUCCUUCCCCGUAUCCCACGCGGGCUAUCUGGACGGGGGGAUGAUGAUGGGGGUAAGGCAGGGCAGUCCGGCCCCACAGGCUCAGCCCCAGCUUCCGGAGAAGAGGCGAAUGUCCAGCGGGGAGAGGCCCAACGGGGGGCUCUCGUACGGGACACUGAAUGGGAAAGUGUCCUCCCCCAUGUCGAGUGGAGGCAGCACGCCCAGCACCAGCUACUUUCAUACACUACCGGACUUCUCCAAGUUUAACAUGACUGACGGGAGUCCAGAGACCAGGCUGAAUGUAAAGUUUGUUCAGGAUACGUCCAAGUUCUGGUACAAGCCUGACAUCUCCCGUGAACAAGCCAUCGGCCUGCUGAGAGAGAGAAGGGCCAGGGGCCUUUGUCAUCCCGACAGUCACUCCUUCCGAGGGGCCUAUGGCCUGGCCAUGAAGGUGGCCUCUCCUCCUCCUACUGCUCAGCAGUCCAAGAAAGCUGGUGACAUCACUAACGAGUUGGUGAGGCACUUCCUGAUUGGAACGAGUCCUAAGGGAGUGAAACUGAAGAUGUGUCCAACGAGGCCUUACUUUGAUCUCCACCAGGAUGUCCCAGAUGUUGCCACGCCAACCAACCAGGCUGACUACCUCCUGAAACAUGGAGCAGGGCAGAGGGUCCGUGCUGACUCCCAUGCAUGCAAUGUGCUGUACAUCAACUCGGUGGACAUGGAGUCUCUGACAGGACCUCAGGCCAUCGCCAAGGCGAUCUCGGAGACGAUGGCCGCCGCGUCCCCGCCCACCGCCACCGUUGUGCACUUCAAGGUGUCGCCGCAAGGCAUCACCCUGACCUGA